AUGAAAAAGCAAAUCCUCUUUGCCACGGGCGUGGCCGCUCUGGGAGAGCGCGACACGAACCAGUUUUAUUCUCUGACUUGCGGCCGAGUUCCUUGGGACCCUGACGCUGUACCGGACUUGAGUACCCGUUAUCCCUUUGGCGCGGACGGAGAAACGUGCACCACACCCGCGGAUUACUUGCUCCAGACUGCGCCCUUUUACGACGGGGAGCAGACGGGUUUCUGGGCCGAUUGCGAACGUGCAUUCGCAUUUGACGUGUGCGAGGACUACAUGAAACCCGUAUGCGACAGCUUCUGUAAAGAUGCCUGCCUCUCCCAUUGCAGAGAGCCCUUCGCCACAUUCCAAGCCCUUCAAACAUGCGUCAAUUCACACGGACUUAACAGCUGCGCCUACCGAUACGGUCUUGUCAACUUUAUCAGCAUCAAGUCCGCCUGCCAGUAA